AUAAGCAACAGCAGCGUCAAGCUCCUCACACAGACACACACCACGUCAAACCACCAGUAUGGCACGCCUGUCGCUGUUCCUUCUCGUUGUGGCUGUUGCCGUGUUUACUCCAAACAUUCCACAGUGUGAAGCUGGCUGGCUGGACCGGAUUAUUGGUACAGCAGUUGAUUCUGUUGCUGAAUUCGGAACCACUAAUAUAGUGGACCAAAUCUGCAACACCCGUGUGAUGCCCACCAUAAAGAAGUUUGAACUGUACUUCAGGGGGAGAGUGUGGUGCCCAGGCUGGACAACAAUCCAGGGGGAGUCUCUGACUCGCAGCAGGACCAGGGUGGUGAACAAAGCUGUGGAAGACUUCGCCAGGAAGGCUGUCGCUGCAGGCCUCAUGACGCAGGAGGAUGCUAACCCUUUGCUGAAUGCCUGAUCAUGGAGCAGGACGCCACACCUCUGGGGCACAUGGCUAUCCUGACCUGAUGUGUCCUUCAUCUGCCAUCACUCAACCUCUCCCUCAGGCGACAUUGUAGAGCAGGAUUUCUUAACCUUUUCUAGCAUCUGAACCCUUGUACUAUAUUAAGGUAUAUCAAGCCGCCCUCCACCCCUUCAAGUAAGGCUUUAGUAGUUCAGCACACCCGAUGAUUUUGUUAAAAGACUACCUUUACUACAUCAUCAUGAAGUAAAAGAAGUUGUUUGGCCAGUACUUUGUUGAUUUCAUAAUAAAAGAAAUAAAAAAGGCACUCGUAUUAAAAUCCAAACACAAAAGCCGAUGAUAUAUUGUCUGCAUGGUCCACAAAGUUGUUUUUCCUGAAGUGACGUCUGGGGUGUAGUCUAACUGCCCUAAUAUAUAAUGCUAUUUC